CUGUAAAAUAUACUAGUCACGAGGACCAUAACCAUGCAAUACCGUGUGCUACUUCUCCUCAGUGUAUGGCUUUUAGGCCAUCAUUGUAUCCUAACAAGCGGCUGCUUCGAGAUCGAAAGGGAGGCACUCCUUACCUUCAAAGCUGCUAUUAUUGAUACCCGCGGUCGAUUGUCUUCAUGGGCCGGUCGGGAUUGUUGUAGCACUUGGAAGGGAGUGGUCUGCGACAACAACACCGGCCACGUUGUGAAGCUCAACCUUCGAAACAAUAUGUACGCCAAUUGGUCGGAUUAUUCCCUGCGCGGUGAGAUCAAUCCAUCUUUACUUGUUUUAAGUCAUUUAAGUCGCCUCGAUCUUAGUUGGAAUGAUUUUGGUGGAAUCUCUGUUCCGAAAUUUAUCGGUUCAUUGAAAAGCUUGAUGCAUCUUGAUCUCUCUGGUUCUAAUUUCAGUGGUAAAAUACCUGAGCAACUUGGCAACCUAUCUAAUCUUCGCUAUCUUGAUCUUUCUGAUUCAAGCUUUAUAUGUAUAAUACCUCCCCAGUUCAGUAAUCUGUCUCGCCUGCAUACUCUGCUUUUGGGUGGUGCUUUUGCUUUCAACGAACCUUGUGUUGGUGACCUUUCAUGGCUCUCUCAGUUGUCUUCUAUUAGGGUUCUUGAUUUAAGCAUGCUAAACCUAUCCAAUGCUACAGAUUGGUUGGAAGUAGUAAACAUGUUGCAUUCUGUAACAGAAUUGUCUUUAUCGGAAUGUCGUCUUACUAAAAUUCCCACAUCUCUUUCUUAUGUCAACUUUACAUCCCUGAAAUUUCUUGAUAUUAGCUUUAAUGGUCCCUUUAAUACCACCCUACCAACUUGGCUGUGGAAUCUUACCAAGCUUUCCUAUCUUUAUCUCGGAAAUUCUGGAUUUCAUGGGAAGAUCCCGGACUCACUUGGAAACUUAACUUCUUUGAACACCCUAUGGUUAGACUCUAAUAAUUUUGAAGGUAGUAUACCUACAUCAAUUCAAAAUAUGUGCAAUUUAGUGAGAAUAGACUUGAGUUCUGCUGGCAUUGACGGAGACAUCGCAGAGUUAGGGCCGUUGCAUUGCCCAUGGAAGAAUAUGGAGACACUAAUAUUAGGAAAUAACAAGCUUCAUGGGAGUUUAUUUGGAUGGCUAGAGGAGAUGAAGAAUCUAAGUUAUCUUGAUCUCAGCAAUAAUUCACUAGCAGGGCCUGUUCCUACUGGAAUUGGCAGACUCUCAAAUUUGCAAAUUUUGGAACUCUCUUAUAAUUCCUUGCAAGGUGUCAUAUCUGAAGCUCAUUUUGCCAACCUAUCAAACUUGAAUUACUUGAGCCUAGGCUCAAAUUCUUUGAUCAUUGACGUGGAUAACAAGUGGAUUCCUCCGUUUCAACUUGAGGGAAUUAUGUUAGGUUCUUGUCAAUUUUCGCAUCAUCAAUUUCCAGCGUGGCUUCGAUGGCAAAUGCAAAUUUACAAUCUAAAUCUGUCCAACACAGGGAUCAGAGACACUGUGCCCGAAUGGUUUUGGAAUUUACCAUAUCAAUACUUAGAUCUCUCUCAUAAUCAGAUUAGAGGCAAGUUGCCCAUGUCCUUGCAAUUUACAAGCCUAGACACUCUUAUUUUGAGGUCUAACAAACUUGAAGGUCCAAUUCCGUCUUUGCCAACCAUGCUUGCAACAUUAGAUCUCUCAGAAAAUUCUAUAUCAGGACCCUUCCUCUCACCAAUCUCGAAUAUGUCACAGUUAUAUUAUCUGUUACUAUCAAGCAAUCAGAUCAACGGUAGUAUCCCAUCUAAUAUAUGUAAACUAAAAUAUCUAGUAGUGCUGGACCUAUCAAACAACUCUUUAUCAGGAGAACUCCCUCAAUGCUGGAACAAUUCAUCCCUUUUAGUUUUGGAUUUGUCGAACAACAAUCUUGCCGGCGAAAUUCCUCCUUCAAUUGGUUCGCUGAGCUCGCUCACAUUAUUGCACCUCAACAAUAACACUUUUUAUGGAGAACUUCCUUUGGAACUGCAGCAUUGCAAUAAUUUAUUGUUCCUUGACCUUAGCAACAACAAACUCACAGGGAAAAUCCCAAGAUGGAUAGGUGAAAACCUGCAGGAUCUAGUAAUAUUGCAAUUGAGGUCAAAUAUGUUUGUGGGUGAAAUUCCUUCAGAACUUGGACGACUCGCUUACCUCCAAUUCUUGGAUCUUGCGCAUAACAAUUUGACAGGAUCAAUACCACGCUCUUUUGGUAAUUUCAGCGCGAUGAUCUAUCAUACAAUUCACAGUUAUGAUGGAAAAGGAUUUUCUGUUGACGAGUGGACCUUUACAUAUUUUGACUACAGUAAUAACUUGCUUGUGGUAAUACAUGGAGAAGAGUAUCAAUAUUCUACCACCAUUUAUCUUCUCAAGAUUAUGGACCUCUCGGAAAAUAAUUUAAGCGGUCAAAUCCCAGAAGAGAUAGUUGCACUUGCGAUAUUGCGUAGUUUGAAUUUAUCGGGAAAUCAUCUAACUGGAAUGAUUCCGGAAAGGUUAGGUGACAUGCGCUCUCUAGAAUCACUGGACCUCUCACUAAAUGAGCUUCAAGGUGCCAUUCCACAAAGCUUGUCAGCUUUGACAUUUUUGAACUACCUGAAUUUAUCUUAUAAUAAUUUAUCUGGAAGAAUUCCAACAGGAAAUCAAUUGAGCACACUCGAUAACCCUUCAAUUUAUAUUGGCAACACUUAUCUUUGUGGACCUCCCACGGGGAAGAAUUGUACUGAAAAUGAAACAAUGCCUAAUGAUGUUGGGAACGACUACCCUGAUGGAUCUAAGUCAACAUGGCCAUACCUCAGCAUUGGCUUAGGGUUCGUGGCUGGAUUCUGGAGUGUGUGCGGUAUCUUAAUAUUCAAGGAGUCUUGGAGUAGCAUCUAUUUUCAAAUGAUUGAUAGGCUUUACGACAAAUUAUAUGUGAUGAUAGUAAUAAGUUUGAGAAGGUUGAAUAGAAAAAUGCACGGAUGAAGUCUGAUUUCUAUAAUUUAUCUUUAUGUAUGGUGUGUUUCUUGUUUUUCUUAUAAUUUCACAAGAUUCUCCUGUAUAUAGGGUUUGCUUAAUAAUAAUUUCUACUUCAUGGGAGAUUUUUUUUU